AUGACCAACUGUACCGUCUGCACCCCUACCAACCGCUGCCAGCACGUCGAGGCUACCCCUGCCAACUACAACGACCCCGCUUGCAACUGGCCCAACUGCAAGGAGUCGAGUACAAAGGAGGACAACAUCCCCGGCACGUGGUGCACCGACCACAUGGAGCUCAUCAAGGACGACAUCUUUCCCUGGGCGUUCCCCUAG